AUGACUUCGGCUUCGAUUUUCCAUCCUCAGUUCCAAGUUGUCUCGGACCUCCACCUUGAGACUCCUCUCGUUCAGCCCUCUUACAGCACAUUCAAGCUAAAUCUUGAAGCUAGCUAUCUGUGUUUGCUCGGGGAUAUAGGACUUGCAAAGGAUGAUGGCCUAUACGUAUUUCUCGAGAGUUUAUUGAAGAGGACGCCGAAUCUGACGAUUUUAUAUCUUCUCGGAAACCACGAAGCUUAUCAGAUGACGCUAGAAGCAGCGGAGGAGAAAAUGCGAACUUUUGCCAAAACAGUGGCCCGGACAUAUGGAAAUCGCUUCAUAUUCCUGAAUCGGACACGUUAUGAUGUCAAUCCUACAAUUACCAUUCUCGGUUGCACCCUCUGGUCACAUAUACUUCCCUCUCAGAUGGCUGAAGUUGAAGCUCGCCUCACGGAUUUCAAUCAAGUAAGAGGUAUCAGGGAAUGGGGUCUAGAGGAGCACUUGAAAGAGCACCAACAGGACGUAGCAUGGCUGAACUCCGAGGUUGAAAAGAUGCAUAAUGAAGAACCGGAAAGACAAAUCAUCGUGUUUACGCACCACAGCCCCACGAUCGACCCUCGCGCAAAUAAUCCUAUUCAUACCAACAGCACGGUCAGAUCUGGUUUUGUGACAGAUUUAUCCUCGGAACUUUGCUGGAAAAGCGCUCAAGUGAAGCUCUGGGCAUUCGGCCAUACGCAUUACAGCUUCUCGUAUCGGGAAGAAGGUACCAAUAAACUUGUCAUGGCAAACCAAAAAGGCUACAUUGGGCUCGGAGAAAAGCCCGAAAGUUCAAAUAAUGGCUCGAAAGUCAUUGAAGCUGCAGGAGAUACCUGGGGUAUUCUUCCUACCCGCUCCUACACCGUCUAA